AUGGAAAAGCCAAGCGUAAACGCAAGCGUCGUCUACGGCCAACUCAUCAACGCCUUCAACAGCUUCGCAGCCGGCACAACACCCGGUUCCGACCUGCGCACUACCAUCGCCCAAUUCACCCUCUACUACGUCUACUGCGCCAUCGGCAUCUUCAUCUUCAUCUACAUUGCCACCGUCGGCUUCUAUUAUGUCGGCGAGCGCAUCGCCCGCGCCCUGCGGCGCGCCUACCUGCGCGCCGUCCUCCGCCAGAACAUGGCCUUCUUCGACGGCCGCUCGGGCACUGGCGAGAUCACCCUCAGCAUCAUGUCCGACAUGGGCACCAUCCAGGAGGCGAUCACCAGCAAGAUUUCCGUGGCGGUGACGGCGCUGGCGAAUUUUGCGUCGGCGUUUGUGAUCAUGUAUGUGGUGUCGUGGCGGACGGCGUUGGUGUUGAGUCCGACGUUUGUGGUGAUGUUGGCUGUGGUGAUGGUGUGCGGGCGGUAUGCGGUGAAGCAUCAUAAAGCGGCGAUGGGGCCGCGGGCGCAGGCGGCGGGUUUGGCGGAGGAGAGUAUUGGGUCGGUGAGGGAGGUGACGGCGUUUGGGAUUCAGGGGUUUUUGGUCGAGAAGUAUCAUGGUUUCCUGCAGACGGCGGGGAGGGAGGAUGUGAAAUCGCGGGAUAGCGUGGCGUAUAUGAUCGCGUGGUCGAAUGCCAUGCCGUGUCUGGUGUAUGCGCUGUCGUUCUGGGCCGGGUCGAUCUUUUUGGUACGCGGCCAGACGUCGGUGUCGGCUAUCGCGACGACCACGCUGGCGAUUAUUAUCAGUGCGUUUGCGAUUAUCCGGAUUGCGCCGUCGUUCCAGGCGCUGACGUCGACGAUUGCUGGGUCGAGCAAGAUUCUGGGGACUAUCAACCGCCGGUCGGCGCAGGAUCCGUUCUCGGAGGACGGGGAACGGCUGUUGAAGGGGGCCGGGACGGGGGAUAUUGUGUUUCGGGAUGUUGACUUGGUGUAUCCGUCGCGGGAGGAUGUGGCGGUGUUAGACCGGGUCAAUAUCCGGUGUCCGGCGGGCAAGACGACGGCGAUUGUUGGGCCGUCGGGGAGCGGGAAAAGCAGUAUUGUCAGUUUGUUGGAGCGGUAUUAUGAGCCUACGGGGGGUGUCAUCGCGGUGAUCACAGCCGCCCAAGACGCCAACGCGCACGACUUCAUCACGCACCUGGCCCAAGGCUACGAAACCAACGUUGGCCAAGCCGGCCUACAGCUCUCGGGCGGCCAGCGCCAGCGCAUUGCACUCGCCCGGGCCCUGAUCCGACAACCGUCUAUUUUGUUGUUGGACGAAGCCACGUCGGCACUGGACUCCAAAUCCGAAGCUGUGGUGCAGGCUGCACUCGACGCGGCGGCCAAGGACCGCACAACGAUUGUAAUUGCGCAUCGGUUGUCGACGGUACGGGAUGCGGACCAGAUUGUGGUUAUGGAGAGCGGACGGGUGGUGGAGGUGGGCACGCAUGGGGAGUUGAUGGAGAAAGAGGGGGUGUAUGCGGGGAUGGUGAGGAAUCAGCAGGUGGAUAAUGGUUUGGGAGGGUCGUUGGGAGAGGAUGAGGGGCUGGAGGUUGGUCCUAAGGAUGUGUCUACGGCAGUGGAUGAGAAAAGCCAGAGCCAGAGCGUGCAUGAAGCAGCUGUGGAAGAAACAGCUGGGACGGACAACGCAGAAGCAAAGCCGAAGCUGGGUUUGUGGAGCACACUCCGGUUUAUCUACCGUGUGAACGCGCAGGAAAGGGGGCUGCUGGCUUUGGGGACUGUCAGCGCCAUCAUUGCUGGGUUUGGCAUUCCCGUGCAAUCCAUCUUCUUCGCCAAGCUGCUCGACAGCCUCGCUCUCGAACCCGGCCCUCUCCGAGAAAGCGUCAACCUCUGGGCCGUCAAAGCCAGCGGUCAGGACGCAGCCGCCUACGCAAGCGAGACCGUCCGGCUCGUGCGCACCGUGGCCGCGCUAGGUAUGGAAGAGUACGCCCUAACCCAAUACGAUGAAAUCCUCUCCCAACGCGCCGCGGCGUCCCUGCGGUCGAUGCUCUUAGCGUCAGCGCUGUACGCAGCGUCGCAGUCGGUGGUGUUCCUGUGUGCUGCGCUGGCGUUUUGGUAUGGCGGCCAGCUGGUGUCGACGGGGGAGUACAAUGUGUUUCAGUUUUAUAUCUGUUUUGUGGCGCUCAUCUCGGGGGCGCAGACGGCCGGGUCGAUCUUCUCGUAUGCGCCUGAUGCGAGUAAGGCGAUGCAUGCUAGUCGGGAACUGGAGGGGCUGUUGGCGGGGAAGGCCAAGAUGGUGAACAGCGACACAGAUAGCAGCAGUGGUGCUGUUACGACGGUCGACGAAAAAGCGGCCGCGGACGGUGUCCACCUUGAACUGGAUCACAUCGACUUCCGCUACCCCUCCCGGCCGAACCACCGCGUGCUGCAGGAUUUCGGGUUGGACAUCGCCAAGGGUCAGUAUGUCGCCCUUGUCGGACCCAGCGGAUGCGGCAAGAGCACCAUUCUGGCGCUGCUCGAGCGGUUUUAUGAUCCGGACAAGGGCGAGGUGCGAGCGGACGGUGUGCCGCUUCCGGGAGUGGAUGUGCAGGCUUACCGGCAGAAGGCGUCGCUUGUCAGCCAGGGGGCUGCGCUGUAUUCGGGGACGAUUAGGGAGAAUGUUGCGUUGGGUGCUGGGGGUGAUGUUGCUGCUGUGACGGAGGAGGCGAUUGUUGAGGCGUGCAAGCAGGCGAAUAUUCAUGAGUUUGUGGUUUCUUUGCCGGACGGCCUCAACACACUCCUCGGCGCGCGCGGCACGCUCGUCAGCGGUGGCCAACGCCAACGUCUAGCCAUCGCCCGCGCGCUCAUCCGGCAACCACAGAUCCUGCUCCUCGACGAGGCCACGUCCGCACUAGACCCAGAGUCGGAGCGUCUGGUACAAGAAGCGCUGGACGGAGCCGCCCACGGACGGACGACGGUGGCUGUGGCCCAUCGGUUGAGCUCGAUCCGGGCGGCUGAUGUGAUUCAUGUGUUGGAUGCGGGGAGGAUUGUGGAGUCGGGGAGACAUGAGGCGUUGAUGGCGAAGAGGGGGGUGUAUUGGGAUUUGGUCAAGAUGCAGAAUCUGUAA